AGCGCUUUCAGUGCACUACUGGGCGAAUGUGUUUGUGCAACGAAAAGAGGGCACGGGGUAGCCCUCAUAAACAGGCUAGCUAGAUUCAUUUACAGCGCUGGAAAUUUGAAGACCACAUACAAUUUAUGUAAGGGGAAUAUAAGAAUUGCUUCUACAUAUUUUUGCUUUUUCUAACGUGAACAUCCUCCGGGUUGUCGGACAAGAAAAAUGUCAGAUCCCACGGUGGCUGAUACUCGCCGGUUAAAUUCAAAGCCUCAGGACCUGACAGAUGCUUAUGGUCCUCCCAGCAAUUUUCUUGAAAUUGAUGUUUAUGACCCACAAACUGUUGGAGUCGGGCGGAACCGAUUCACGACGUAUGAAGUCCGAAUGAGGACAAACCUACCCAUUUUUAAGUUGAAGGAUUCUAUUGUUCGAAGAAGAUAUAGUGACUUUGAGUGGCUGAAGAAUGAGUUGGAACGAGACAGUAAGAUUGUAGUGCCUCCCUUGCCUGGAAAGGCACUGAAGAGACAGCUACCUUUCCGUGGGGAUGAAGGCAUUUUUGAAGAAGCUUUUAUUGAGGAGCGACGUGUGGGUCUUGAGCAGUUUAUCAACAGAAUUGCAGGUCAUCCCCUGGCCCAAAAUGAGCGCUGUCUUCACAUGUUUUUGCAGGAUGAGAGCAUUGACCGCAACUACAUUCCGGGAAAGGUAUGAAUGAAGCACGUUCAACUUUUAUUGACACUAAAUUCUCUUGGAAGAUGAUAGCAUGGCCACCAAAUCCUUAGUUUAAAACAGAAGAAAUAUCUGACCUGACACUUCGAGGGCGAAGCAUUUACAAAUGUGUGCGACAUCUCUUUCACUAACGGCAAGACCAUAUCUGAUCAUGUGACUCAGUUGUUUGAUAUCCUGAUCCAUUGAUUCAGAGGCGAGUAUCACAGGACAGGACCCGUCUGUUUUAUCAUCUCGUCCCCAUAAAGCAAACGGAGCCCUACCCCAGUUGCAGCAGUAGCCUCCUUUGACAGCUCCCUUUGAAGGCCUUGUACUGUAUAUAAACGUAUAAUUCUACGAUUGCCCCCACCACCCCCCCCAGUCACACCGGCACGCGCACACCCCAGUACCUGGAUGUGUUGUCCAAUCACAUUAAAUGUGAUGCGUGGCAGGUGGUGCGUUGCUGCAGAUUGACAUAUAAACCAUAAUGAGUCAUCGUUUUCCCUGACAGAAUAUACCACUUCUAAAUUUGGCGUUUGGUACUGAUUGAAACCACCUAAAUGUAAUAAUUCGCGAUAUGCCUCAUUUUCUGCCUUUCUCACCCACUGGCGCUUGUUUUUCUUCCCACAUGAGAUUUUCUUUAGUGGUUUAAUCUACAAAACACUUAGUGUAUCAAUUGUAGUCUUUAUCCAUAGGAGACUUGUCGUGUUUACACAGGCAUUGAUUCCAGAACAGGAAAUCCUAAUAAAAGAUGCAUAAAUCUGUAUGAGAAGACAUUGUUAUACUCUCUUUUCAGAAUAACUUAACAGAUCAUGUAUAUACAUGGUUCUGCUGUCAUUUGUUAUUUAGUUUUUAAUGAAGUUGACUACAUUUUCUCAGUAAAAAACAACUGUACCUAUUUUUGUCAAUUGAUACAUUGUCAUUCGUUUUGUAGCUAUUACACUAUUCUAAUAGUCAGAUUUAUUUCCAUUAGAUAUUCAGUCAUAUUUUUAUUGUUUCUUAGUACCCAGUUUCUCCAACUGUAUGUUUCCCAUCUCCUUUGAUGUCUGUAACUGAGAAUACCUUCCAAAGUUAAGCAAAAUGUAGCGUAAUUGAAAUCAUUUUUUAUAUCUUCCUGUAUUAUUUCUGCAACAUGACAUUCCAUGUGUCUUUGCAUUAUCCAUUGAAAUAUUUUUUUUCCCCAGCUUGCUCUAUAAUGGUUGCUUUUUAUUACUUUUUUGUAACUUUGUUGGCAUUGAGUUCAGCAUUAGCCUUUGGUUUCUGUCAGUCUGCUUAUGGGAAUGUAAUGUCAGGUAAUCAAAGCACUGUGAAAACAAGGGGCUGAUAAAUAACCCUCACAUUUAUAUUGAUAAAGAAGCUUGCAGCAUCAAGUUUAUUGACCUGUAUUUCUUGAUCUUUUUUUGUCAUAUGUAUUAUGUACAUUUAAUCAUGCACAUUUCUGUUUUCAGAGGAACUGCCUUGUUUGUACCAUCAAUAAAAUUCCCUCUGCCUGCCC